UCCCGAGCGCCGCUAUGAAGCUGAGGAAGGGCUCCUUCCUGUGGUACCUGUACCUGGACAAGCUGUACUGCCUGCUGUCACUGCGCAAUGUCAAGGCACUGGCGGACUACUUCGACCUCCUGGACGUGCACCGCACCAACACCCUCAAUGACGUGCUCUUCUAUCACUUCAUGGAUCACGUGACCAACCUGAGCCAGAGACACAUCAUGGUCAUCUUCCACAUGCUGGACUGGAGCGCCAAGGGAGAGGUCUCCUUCGACCAGUUCUACAUGGUGGUGUGCAUCCUGCUGGCGCAGCAAAACCACCUGGAGGAGCAGUUCAUCUUUCGCCACUCCCGGCCCGUGUUUGAGCUGCUUGAUGUGGACGGCGAGAAAAAGCUGAGCGUCCACCACUUCUACAACUACAACUUCCUCUUCAACAUCAAGAAGCCCCAGCUCAGGGAGCUCUUCCAUCACUUUGACAUCACAGGCGACCACCGUCUGAAUUACAAGGAAUUUAAGCUGUUCACUAUCUUCUACGUGGACAAAUACCAGAAGAAGCAGAAAGAAAAGGAGGAAGAGAGACACGAAGGCCUGAUCAGAACCAAGAUAGCGCUCCUGGAGUGGGGUUCUGGGUCGCGCAGGACCAGACAUAGGCAGGGGCAAGGAGAAGCGCACAAGUAAGACCCUGCGGGGCCCCCACUCCUGCCUGCCACCCGACUGCACUGAGGCCACAGCCUGGGGCGCCUGCUUGCUUUUAUGUACCUGUCCACUCUGUUACUGCCUUUCCAGUUAACCUUGACUUUCCAAAGAU